GAGCAUCCAUCGAUGUGCAAUGUGACCUCAGCACUUUGACAUGACUCUCCCGGUCCCUAAACCCUAGGCUAUCCCCCCUCUAGUCUGCGAUUCUUGCGGCCGCGCCGUGCAGCAGCAUAAGCAGCCAUGGGUAUCGAUUUGGUCGCAGGUGGCAAGAGCAAGAAGUCCAAGCGAACUGCCCCCAAAUCCGACGAUAUCUACCUCAAGCUCCUCGUCAAGUUGUACCGGUUUCUGGUGCGGAGGACGGGGAGCUGUUUCAAUGCGGUUAUACUGAAGAGGCUCUUCAUGAGCAAGGUCAACAAGCCGCCUAUGUCUCUCUCCAGGUUGAUUCGUUUCAUGAAGGGCAAGGAGAAUAAGAUUGCUGUGAUUGUUGGGACGGUGACUGAUGACAUUCGCGUGUAUGAAGUCCCUGCCCUUAAAGUAACUGCCCUGAGGUUCACAGAGACUGCCAGAGCUAGGAUUGAGAAGGCUGGUGGGGAAUGCUUGACAUUUGACCAGCUGACUCUUAGAGCUCCUCUUGGGCAGAACACGGUUCUCCUCAGAGGUCCAAAGAAUGCUCGGGAAGCUGUCAAGCAUUUUGGACCAGCCCCAGGUGUGCCACACAGCCACUCAAAACCUUAUAUACGGUCAAAAGGAAGGAAAUUUGAGCGGGCUAGAGGAAAAAGGAACAGCAAAGGUUUCAGAGUUUGAGCUGCCGAUCUCAUGCAUAAAAUACAAAAUCACUUGCCGAUGCUGUGCAGAAAUGUGUCACAAUCCUGGUUCUCUUAAUUUUUAUAUUCAUCUCUGGCAGGUUUUCUGUUCGAUUCCUUUCUUGUGAUAUGGGUAUCUUUUCCUUUUAGAAAUGAAACCCGUCGGAUUUUUUAGUAGUUUUAAGCAGACAUUAUUAUGUAUUGCAUGCUCUCCAUCAUCCGAGUCAUGAAUCAAUGCUUUUGUAGCUCUGAUGUUACCUAGAUAUGUUAACUAUUUAUGAUUUUAAAUGUUCGGAUCAGAUGCCCCCAUUUAUAAUGAAGUUGUAUGAAAUAUGUUUUUGCA